AUGGGUGUGUCAGAGUCAGGCACUGAAGAUUGUGGAGCGGUAAUAUGUGACAUCCUCAAAUCUAAGAUGGGCCUCAAAGAUGUUAAUAAAUCCACCUUGACAUUGUGUCAUAAACUUGGAGCAACCAAUGGAAAUGAACAUAACAAGCAUCGGCCUGUCUUGGUGAAGUUUGAGCGUUAUGAACUCAGGACUGCAGUCUGGAGAGCCAAAACGUUGUUGAAGGGCACAAGUAUUUCUGUGAAAGAAUUUCUUACUAAACCGAGGCAAAUUAUCUUCAACAAAGCUCGGUUAUAUUUUGGCGUGCGCUGCUGCUGGACUCAGGAAGGCGUAAUACAAAUAAAAACGUCUGAUGGUAAGCGUCACAGAAUGGUCGGAAAAGAAGAUCUUGACUGUCUGGUUGAUAUAUAUCCAAGGAGGUCAACGCCGGCUGGUGAAGGCUCAGGAACUGCAAAAUACAAGAACAAAUGA